UGGGGCCGGCCAUCUUCCAGCGGAUCGCGCUGUACGGGAUCAACGUCGUCACGCAGGCCUUCAUCGGCCACCUCGGCGACCUCGAGCUCGCCGCCUUCUCCAUCGCCGCCACCGUCGUCGCCGGCUUCAACUUCGGGUUCCUGGUACGCCGGCGGCUGCUUCAUUUAAUUUUGCGCCAGCAGCGCGCUCAAAGAACUUUGCCAUGCACACUCAUUAGACAUCGGAGUGUCUUAGCACAGUUCCAAUACUCUUAAGUAGAAUGAUGUCCAUGGCAUUAGUUGCAGUGGUACUUAGAACUCUCAAAUGAUGUUGCCUUAUACUAAACGAGCGAGAGAGGAAGGAAAGAGGAAGAAAUCAAGUUUCAUACAAGGAAUCGUUAAGGAGACUACACGCAACUGAAUAACACAAAAGGAUCAUUGGAGGGUAAGAGAGGGAAAUAAUUGAUUAGGCUAUUGAUAGAUGUGGCAUAUUAUGGGAACAAUAGUUUUUAGAGUGGUGUGUACAUACAUGCAUGAUAUGAUGUGGCAUGGAAUACUACUUGGCAGUGGUCUCUGGGUUAGGAUUGAUUAUUGCCCCUAGAUGAUUCUAUGCUUACCCAUUCGCACCAAACCUCACACUCGGGCAAGUAGUCACGGUUAAAAAAGAAUAGAAAAUUAAACAAAGCAACCUGUUCUCAAAUAGAAUAUCAAUCAAUUUGGUCGCUGACGCUCGGCCGCAGUUCGUCCUUUUCUCUUUGGCGCAUGAUGGCGGUGGUAGUUGGGUUUUAUUUUCUGUUAACUUUUGGAUGCAUCAGCAAUCGACAUUUGAAUCUAUGGACAGGAAUUCAGCGUACUCGGUCGGCGUUCAUGAUAAGGAAGAGCCGUUUUUAUUAAUUCUUUGACUGGCCCCAUCGAAAGUUAUAGCUUGGCAUGGCGAGCGCACUGGAGACGCUGUGCGGGCAAGCGUUCGGCGCCAAGAAGUACCACAUGCUGGGCGUGUACCUGCAGCGGUCCUGGAUUGCGCUGCUCCUCUUCGCCGUGGCGCUGACGCCGACCUACAUCCUCAUGGAGGACCUGCUGCUGCUGAUCGGGCAGUCCCCCGAGCUGGCGCGCCUCGCCGGCAAGAUAAGCGUCUGGCUGAUCCCGCAGCACUUCGCCGUGGCGAUGCUGGUCCCGCUCACCCGGUUCCUGCAGAGCCAGCUCAAGAACUGGGUGACCGCGGUCACCGCGGGCGUCACGCUUGCCGUCCACGCCGCCGCGACCUACCUGCUCGUGCGGCGCUUCCAGCUCGGGAUCGUCGGGGCGGUCGUCGCCGCGGACCUGUCGUGGUGGCUCGUCGUGCUGGGCCAGUUCUUGUACGUCGUCGGCGGCGGGUGCCCGCUGUCGUGGAAGGGGUUCUCGACGGAGGCGUUCGCCGACUUCUGGGAGUUCGUCAAGCUCUCUUCGGCCUCCGGAGUGAUGCUCUGCUUGGAGAACUGGUACUACAGAGUGUUGAUAUUGCUAACAGGGUACCUGAAGAACGCUGAAAUCGCUGUCGACGCGCUCUCCAUAUGCCUGACGAUUAACGGAUGGGAGAUGAUGAUCCCAUUAGGCUUCCUGGCUGCAACAGGCGUGCGGGUUGCGAACGAGCUCGGCGCCGGGAGUGGCAAGGGCGCGCGCUUCGCCAUCGUCGUCUCAAUCACGACCUCCGUGCUGAUCGGCCUCUUCUUCUGGUGCGUGAUCCUCUACUUCGGCGACCAGUUCGCGCUCCUCUUCACGUCCAGCGAGGUCGUGCUCGCCGCCGUGCACAGCCUGUCCGUGCUGCUCGCCUUCACCGUCCUCCUCAACAGCGUGCAGCCCGUUCUCUCAGGGGUGGCUGUCGGUUCAGGAUGGCAAGCGUUGGUAGCCUACGUGAACAUCGGGAGCUACUACUUGGUCGGCGUGCCCCUCGGUGUCGUACUCGGUUGGCCGCUGCGUUUCGGAGUUGGGGGAAUCUGGUCCGGGUUGAUUGGCGGAACCGCCGUUCAGACGCUGGUACUGGCCUAUCUCACUGCCAGAUGCGAUUGGGAUGAAGAGGCAAAGAAAGCCAGCACACGAAUGCGAGUAUGGGCCAGCUCAAAAUGAAGCCGCGGUUUCUUGCCGCGCGGCGAACACUGGAGCUCAACAAAAGGAUCAUCAGUUGUGGACAAAAAUGUGGAAGGAUUGAAGGAACAAUGGGUAUGUUUGCGUAUACUAUACGGCUAUGAGCUCCAACCUUCAACUACAUUUGGAGGCUGACAGCCAGUUUCAUCUAUCAGGACUGCCAGCAAGACAUCAGAGCCAAAGAAUGAUCAUAUUAGAUUCUUUUAGCCUUGUAGAAUGCAGUUUGCACUGAGGUUUAAAAAUCCAAGUGCCGAGGGCACUGUAAGCAAAACUUGCACAGCAAUCAUUACCAUGACAUCCCCUAUUCUC